CUCGCGCACAUCCACUUUACCCCUCGUGCUCGGUGGACGCUCCGUGUCUCGUGCACCAUGCUGAGCGCCGCGUGCGUGUGGAUUACUCUCGUGCUGGGCUGCAGCGGCGGCGCGUGGGGGAGGAAGGCGGACUCGUCCUCGGCGCUCGGCGGCAUCUUCCGCACCAGGUGCGCCGCCAGGUGCCUGAGCCUCCACAGCACGCGCAUCCCCGCGAUCACGGUCAGCCACUUCCAGAGUAAUGGAUCCCUAGGCUGGUGCCAAGGCCAUAAGCAAUGCGCAAAGUGCCUGGAGCCAUGCAAGGAAUCCUGGGAACUGAAGGACGGAUCCUGUCGAGAGCUAUGCGAGCACACGUUUCCUAAGCGUCACGGCGAGUGUGUGACGAGCUGCGAGUUCCUGCGCUCGGUCAUGGUGGUGAAGCAGGGCGAGUGUCCGGCUCCGGAACGGGCCGCCGGUUUCGCCGCCGCCUGUGUGGAGGGAUGUGAGGAGGACGGCGAGUGCUCCUCCCACAAGAAGUGCUGCCCUAACGGCUGUGGACACACCUGUCAAUCACCCAGGAACCUGUUCAGAGGUGCUCCACUGAAGCCCAGGAAGGAGCUGUUGUUUGAGGAGCUGCCCACAGGUGUGCUGGAGGUUCGCUGGUCCUCCAAGUUUAACGUGUCGGCCGAGCCGGUCCUGAACGUCCUGCAGAGACGGUGGAACUACGGCAUCCACCCCAGUGAGGACGGAGCUACCGAGUGGCAAGUAGUGGCACAGACCUCAGAGGAGCGCGUGUGGUUGUCUGAUGUUCGACCCGGACGCUGGUAUCAGUUCAGAGUGGCGGCGGUGAACGUUCACGGCACCAGAGGAUACACCACACCCAGCCGACACUUCAGAUCAUCUAAAGAUCCGGCUCCGCCCCCGGCCCCCUCUGAGCUGCAGGUGAAGCACCUGAGCUUUGGUCCGGAUCGCUCCGUCUCUGUUCACGUGAGCUGGGCGGCUCCCGCUGAUCUGGAUGUCCCGGUUCAUCACUACAAACUGUCCUGGAGCUGGAGCGUCAGCGGGGCGGAGCUCAGCACCCCACCCAAACUCAAGAGGAGGAAGACCAUCAACGGGGACUCUACUUCAGCUGAGCUGGAGGGUUUGAGGGAGAACAGGAGCUACACUCUGGAGCUGCAGGCCGUGUCCUACUGGGGGCAGCUCCCUCUCAAAAGCUCCAAGACCACCCUACGCUUCACCACAUACCGCUCUGAACCCCAGCCAACAGUCAGUUCGUCAGUGCCGCAGAAGUCUCAGUCGGACGUUCUGGACGUGGGCACGCCGUUCUAUCAGGACGGGCAGCUCCAGGUCCGGGUUUACUGGAAGAAACGAGAUCCGACUGUGAGCCGGUACCGCGUGCACUGGUUCCCCGAGUUCUGCUCGCAUAAUGGAAGCAGGAUCCAGGAGAAGCUCAUCACUCAGGACAAUUAUGCAAGCCUGCCAGGUCUACAAUUCUCCUGCACGUAUAAAGUCAUUAUCCAGCCAGCUGGAUCCAAGGGCCGUGUGCAGGCUGAGAGCACUGUCUUCUACACCCCGUCCUGCGCCUCCCUCCAGGGGAAAAGCCCCAAACCCAUCCUCUGCCCUGGAGAACCAGCAACUGCUCCACCGAAAGUCCUGGCCAGGGCCGAGAACCUCAGCGCGGCCUUCAACGUCCACAAGGGCAACGUGACUGGCCUGUUCUCCUGGGUGGUCGCUAUGCCUCAAUCACCACAGCAGGUCACGGGCUACCAGGUCACCUGGGCGGAGGUCACCGCCGAGAGCCGCAAAAACAACCUGGCCAACAGCCUCAUCUCCCAGUCCCAGAUCUUACCUCCUGAGAGGAAUAUUCUCGUGGUCUCCGGCCUGCAACUGGCCUCGCUCUACAGGCUGGAGGUGGGGGUGUUGACUUCAGGAGGACAAGGUCCCACCACUUCCAGAACCUUCCAGACUCCAGGCCAUGCUAGGCCAGUCCUACAAUACAGACCUAAGGUGAAGAAGCACCAAUUGAGGUCAGUCAUGGAACAGCACUGAUGAAACCCACCUCACUAAAGCGAACCAUACAGAACCCUAAAA